AUGCUAGCAUCGACCUCACGACUCAGCAUCGGCGCUCUGCGUCAAGCAGCCAAGAUCCUCCCUCGCCAUAUCGUCUCGAGAAACGUCUCUGCCGCAUCAACCCGUCUCUCGAUCCCGCCUACCAGCCUCCGCUCAUCCCGCACACCAUUCACCCGCAAGUACGCAACCUCCACCACACCCACAUCCUCCUCCCUCGACCCUGCCGAAGAAGAAUCCCAACGCUUCCUCGAAGAAGGCACCACCCACCUCGAAGCCGGCGACCUCACCGCCGCCAAACAGUCCUACCAACGCUCGCUCUCGAUCAAACGCAACUCCUCGGCGCUCUUCAACCUCGGCGUCUGCCUCUACCACGAUCGCAACCUCUCUGCUGCCAUCGAAGCCUGGAACGAAUCGCUCGAGCUAUCGCCGGAAAGCGCAGAUGCCCACACCAACCUCGCUUCGGCGUACGUGCUGAGCAAACCUUCCAGACCGGACCUGGCAGUGUCGCAUCUGAAGACAGCGGCGAGAAUCACACCGGAGGACCCGGAGAUUCAGUACAACCUGGCGGCGGUGCUCGAGGCGUGCGAACAGCUCGAGGAGGCGCUGACGGCGUACAAGAGGGCCUUGGAGGGCGGAAUCCAGAGGGCGGAACAGAACAUCAGGAAUUGCUCGGCAAAGUUGCUCAGCGCCAGGGUUGCGGUUCAGCAGCAACAGGAGGAGGAAGAAGCCAAGGCUAAGGCGAAAGAGGCGAGUAAGACAGAGUGA